AUGUCGGUCAAUCGGGUUCUGGUCAUUGCUGGAUCGGACAGCUCUGGUGGCGCUGGCCUCGAAGCAGACCAAAGGGUACUUGCAGCUCAUGGGGUAUAUGCGCUCACUGCCACAACUGGGUUGACUGCACAAAACACUCUAGGUGUGCAAGAUAUUUUCGUCGUCCCCUCGGAAUUUGUCAGGAAGCAGAUCAAUGCUGGCCUAGAAGAUGUUGGUGCUGAUGUUGUGAAAUUGGGCAUGCUUUCAUCUGCGGAGACAAUUGGUGUCAUCGCGCAAACAUUACAGACACAUAGAGUCCCGAUCAUUGUUCUCGAUCCGGUCAUGAUUUCUACCAGUGGGUCACAACUGCUGCCAGAGAAAGCCAUCAAAGAGUUGCGCACAAAGCUGCUUCCCUUGACAACAAUUUUAACCCCAAACAUUCCCGAAGCCCUGUUCCUAUUGAAGGAUGCAGGUAUGGAAAUCCCCGAGCCAACAGAUCUAGGGGAGCUGAUUGAGCUCGCCAAGAAGAUCUGCCUUUUGGGUCCUAAAGCAGUCCUUCUCAAGGGUGGACAUCUUCCUCUCACCAAAGAUAAGAAGAUCUCUCGAGACCCAAAGGAGGCGUCUAUUGUCGUUGAUAUUCUCUUUGAUGGAACCACAGCCACCUUGUUUGAGACCGAGUUCUUGAUCUCCAAAAACACACAUGGCACAGGUUGCUCACUUGCAUCGGCCAUCGCUGCAAACCUAGCGUCAGGAAAGGACAUGAUCCGAGCUGUUCGCAGUGCUGUUCGUUUUGUGGAGGUUGGUAUCAAAACCAGCACUGACCUGGGUAAAGGAAGUGGUCCGAUUAACCAUUUCCACUCUGUUUAUACUAUGCCAUUUGCACCUGGCCGGUUCCUUGAGUACAUCCUUGAUCGCCCUGAUGUACAACAAGUAUGGGAGAAAUUUACUCUUCACGAAUUUGUGGAGGGCCUGGGUCAGGGUACCCUACCUAUCGAGCGGUUCAAGGCAUACCUUGUCCAGGAUUAUCUUUACCUGGUUCAAUUUGCCCGCAGUAAUGCACUGGCCUCAUACAAAGCCAAGACCAUGGACUCAAUAGCAGCGUCUGCCCAAAUUGUCCUCCAUAUCCAGCGGGAAAUGGCCUUGCACAUCGAUUACUGUGCCUCCUUCGGCCUAUCAAAGCAGGAGAUGGAAAGUCACCCUGAAACCAUUGCCUGCACUGCUUACAGCCGCUACAUUCUUGAUGUCGGUCAAUCCGAGGACUGGUUAGCCCUCCAGAUGGCACUCGCGCCCUGUUUAAUCGGAUAUGGUGCUAUUGCACGGAGACUCUACACAGAAGAAGGCACCAUCCGAGAUGGUAAUCAGUACUGGAAAUGGAUUGAAAACUACGUAGCCGAGGACUACACUGAGGCUGUACGAUUGGGUUCUGCACUACUGGAGGAGCAUAUGAAACUAGUGUCACCUAGUCGCAUGGAAGAGCUCAUCCAGAUCUUCAUCCGGGCUACAGAGUUAGAGAUUCAAUUCUGGAACAUGGGUCUUGGAGGUAAAGAGUAG